AUGAGUGCUUCUUCUUCCCAUAUGGAGUAUAAGGACAUUCCCAAAAAGUAUAUUGAUCCUCUCCAGCCAAAGGAUAAGUCCGAAGGUGCUCGUGUAAACGGUAAAGAAUGGAAAAUUAAAAAAGAUGCUUUCAGAGUUAAAACUCUAGGAGUUAAAAGAAUGACUACUUUUGAAAAACGUGAACAAGAAAGAUUGGAAAAACAACAGUACAGGGCCAGACUUAAUGACUUGAAACAAGAAAAGGAAGAUGCCAAAAACCAAAGAAUCGCAGAUUUAAAGAGAAGAAGAGAAAUUAAAGAAGAAAAAGAACGUUACGCCAAAAUCGCCUUGAAAAUGCAUGCUAAAAAAGUGGAAAGAUUAAGAAAAAGAGAAAAGAGAAAUAAGUUAUUGAAGGAACGUUAA